CUUUUUUUCCUAUAAUUUGUUGAAGGAUUAGUUUUAGGGAUGCGGAUGGGAUGCUAUAGAGAAGACGUGACCUCCUCGUCACUCAUUCAACAGUACCAGCAUUUGUUUCUCCCUCCUCUCGCCUCUUGAAAUUUCUUCUAGCAACACCUUUCUCCCUGCCCUCCAUUUUUGUCUCUGAUCCAUUCUAAGACCCAUUACCUGGUUUCCACCAAACUAUGGAUCUAGCCCCAGAAGAGCUCCAAUUCCUAAAACUCCCAGAUAUCCUCAGAGAAGCAGUCGCCAUCCCCAAACAUUGCCCAAAUACCUUCUACCUCAUCACCCUGACCGUUAUCUUCCCUCUCUCAUUUGCCAGCCUAGCUCAGCCUCUCUUCGCCGACUCACUCUUAGCUCACCUCCAGACUUACCCAAAAGCCGACCCGUCCCAGACCAGCCAUGAAACGAUCCUCCUCCUUCUCUUCCAGUUCUUCUACCUCAGCUUCCUUUCUGCCUUCUCCCUUGUCUCCACCGCCGCCGUUGUCUACACUGUCGCCACCCUCUAUUCCUCGAAGCCCGUCUCCUUCUCCUCCACAAUGUCUGCCAUUCCCAAGGUCUUCAAGCGCUUAUUCGUAACAUUUUUCUGUGUUUCUCUUUUGUUGCUGGCCUACAAUUUUGUGCUCUUUACUUUCUUGGUGAUAAUAGCCACUGCUACCAGUGGCAACCUUUUGCUUUUUCUUUCUGCGGUGGCCGUCCUCUUGCUCUUUCUUGUUGUUGAUGUCUAUAUCAGCGCCUUGUGGCAACUGGCCAGCGUGGUGUCGGUGCUGGAACCGGUACACGGUUUCGCCGCAGUGAAGAAGAGCCGUGAAUUGCUGAAGGGGAAGACUCGUUACGCCUUUACGCUCGUUUUCCUAAUUUUGGCAACGUGCUUCGUUAUUGGGGUCGUGUUUGGCUUGGUGGUGGUGAACGGAGGGAAUAAUUAUGGGGUUUAUGUGAGGAUUGUGGUGGGUGGGUUCUUGGUGUGUGUUGUGGUGAUUGUGAAUUUGGUGGGGUUGUUGGUACAGAGCGUGUUUUACUAUGUUUGCAAGAGUUAUCAUCAUCAGGGGAUUGAUAAGAACGUUUUGCAUGAUCAUCUUGGGGAGUAUCUCUGAAGAGCAGCAUUCAAAUGGAGAAUUUGGAAAUCUGAGAUGGGGGCGAGCAACCUGAAAAAGAUGAAUUCGCGUGUGAGUUCAUGAGCACUAAAUUAUAUGUAACUUUAUAAAUUUUAUAUUUGCGGUUAUAG